GGAGAAAGAGAAAAGCCUCAUCGCGUGUUCUGGAAUGCUGAGUCAUCAACACCACACCCAAUCAAGCAACAACAACGACGUGAUGCGCUGGUCGGUGUCGGGUCUCGCCUCCCCCCGGAAACGUCGAGCCGCCAACUUUCCCAUCCCUAACGUCAACUCAUCAUCCCCCGUUCACCUUACCAUUCUCUCAUGCUUCGUUGUCCACCACAACAACUGCAAAAUGGCUUUAGCGGACGAUCCGGAUAUUGAUGGGAGUACUGGGUUGCCUCCAGACCCCUUCUUUGACAAUUUUGACUGGAAAUCGAUCAAGUAUGAGAAGCUUCCUUCACCACCCGAAGGCGAAUUCGGAUUCGCACAAUAUGACCCCGAAUUCGGCCAAAAAGUCUGCGAGGCACUGUCUUCCUCUCAGUAUAGAGAGUAUCUGAGGGUUAGCAAGUAUGGGGAGGAAGUUGCGAGGGAAUUUCGACGUGGUUUCACCCCCAGCCCUGUCCGGAAAGCGUAUCAAGAAAAGAUUGAACGAGCCGAACGCGAGUGGGAAGAUACGACAUUAUCAGAUCAGGAAUGGGACGCACAAUGCUCUGACGAGGCCGACACACCACCUACACAUUAUUCCAGCCUCAGCAGCCUCAGAAAUAUUUAUCACGACCACCCUUCAAUACGCGUCAAAAAGCUACCGUCGAUAUCAUCUUCGGAGAGAUCACGGGCUGCAUCACCAGAGCCCGAUCAACCAUCCAGUCGAACUUCAGCAUCCUCUGGCAACGAAUCAGAAACUAUGUUGAAAACAACCGUCUUGGAACUUCGUGCACGACUACGGCGAGUGAUGUCUGACCGACAACAACAGCAUCAUCCCUAUAUGGGCGAUAUUAAACGCAAUGCCAGAACAACCACUGUAUCGAGCCCUUGGAACCAAAGCGGGAUUGCAGACCUCAAACGCACGAUUGGAUCAAAAAGAGCAAACCCCGUACCUGAAGAAGACUUCGCCCGAUCUGUGCCGACCACGAUAUCCCCUGGAAAACGAAGAAAACAAUAAUACGGCGCGAACCCAAGGCUUCCUUUUGGGAGUUUUGGUUCUCAAACACUACGCAUAGGCGUCGGCCCUGGCAUCAGGAGGACGAAGCAAUCGCUGGCCCAUCAGCGGUGACCAUGGAAAAGUUUCCCAACUCGCUGGAACGUGUAUUCCGUGACGUAUUCGAAUUGUGCGCUCAGGCAUUCAGUCCUACGAUGUGAGUAGAUUCCCAUUCAUCCUAAG